CGGUUGGUCGUCUCCGCUCUCCUCUCCUCUCCUCUCCUCUCCACCUACCCCCACCCCUUCUCCUCUCCACCCAUCGCUCCUUUCACGCCCCUCGGCCUGCUGGAGCUGCAGAGGGACAGAAGCGGAGAGCCGAGUGGAGCUUGAAUGACUUUUCUCGGAGAUUCAGAGUGAAAUUCUCUCGCUGCCUCGGGACGCAAACGGGAGGAGAAGCGCGCGGGAUGAGCAGGAGCCUCUCGUGGAGAGGAGAAAAGGAGCACGCGCCUGAGAGACCGGAGCAGCUCUGCGGACUGUCAGCCAGUUAACCGGACGCUUGGGAAGCACCUCACACGGGGGUUUGUAGGAGAACCGCUGCAGGAUCGGGAGCGUAGGCGCGGUAAGGAUACGCGCUCGGCUGAUAAGUGAGGGUCAAUCUCAGCGGCCACCAUGGAGCUUCUCUCGCCAGUCCUCUGACCUCGUGACACUCAGGAGCCAAUCACAACCCGGCACACGCGCUUUCUGCUCUAUUACAGCAGACAAAGCGAGCGGAGGGAGGAGAGGAGGAGGAGGAGGAGGGAGAAGAUGGAGGGAACGCUGCUGGCCCUGCAGCGUUACCCUGGCCUCUCCGUGCUCUUCUUCUCUCUCGUGUUCAGGGUGGUCCGUCGCCUCCUGCGCUGCCUGCCCGCCCCGAAAGCCGUGCAGCUGGAUGAGGUUCGCUGCUGGAAGUGGAGGAACCUGUGCGUGUCUCUGGUGCACGCGCUCCUCACCGGCCCCUGGGCGGUCACCUGUGUGUGUUUGUGGCCAGAGACACUGAAUAACGUCCAUUCUUACUACACGCCAGUCUCCUACCUGCUCAUCUGUGUCUCAUCAGGAUACUUUGUUCAAGACACUGGAGAUAUUCUGUUCUCUGGCCAUGCUAAAGGAUCCUGGGAGUUCCUGCUGCAUCACUUCUUGGUGUUGUGGUGCUUCCUGUACUCCCUGUACACCCAGCGCAAUGUGGCGGGGAUGGUGAUAUCCCUGGUUGUGGAGAUCAACAGCGUGACGCUCCAUACGCGGCUGUUGCUGAAGCUGGCCGGGGCUCAGUCCUCGCAGCUCUACCACACUAACAAACUCCUCAACCUCUUCACAUACGUCACAUUCCGCCUCGGCGCCCAGUUCUACGUCACCUGGUACCUCUUGAACAACUACUCCUGGCUAGACCACAGCAACUACUUCCUGCUCACUGUGCUCCUCCUGAACACCAUGAUCCUCAUCUACUUCUACCGGCUGCUGAGAGCCGAUUUCUUCCCCCGUAGGAAGCUCCACCUCGACCAGAACGGCACUCUCAGCAGCUGCUUCUCUACGUUCCUCAACGACUGACCAUCCCUCCAAGGUCCGAUGAGGACCGUUACCUUCUAUCCUCACGGUGUACCUGGUUUAGUUUAACCUACUCAGCUGGGAUGUGUGCGUUUACCUCAAGGAAAUCUCUAAUGGCCCAAUCCUUCUUCUCACCCAUUCCAGUGUUUGUGUGGUCGUAUUUAAUGUGUAAUGUGUUGUGAAUAAGCUGUUUUGCCUUCAGUGUUGGGCCUUAUGGACUGAUUUCAUGGUUGUAAAUAAAGCAAGCAAUAAUGUAGCAUUCAAAAAUUCAGAUGCAAGAUCUUUUAUAUCAUAGAUAGCAUUCUCUUUGAUCCUUAACCUUGCCUGUCUUUGCUAUGCUUGGUUUCCUGUUUGAAUGCUUUGGGUCAUCAAGUGAGAGUUCAUGUUGUACUGCUCUCAGUUGGUCACCAUGAAAUCUCCUUGAAAACCACUCAAAUGAACACUGUAAAGCUUUUAAUUUAAUGUCAUGUAUGAGGUAUACAAACUGGUUUGACUGAACUACCAAUCAAAAAAAAGGAUUCAUGUGUCAGACGGCUGAAGUUACUGGAGAGCCGUGGUCGAUUUGUCUUUUUGACCAUUUUUAUUCAGGCAGAGUGACAUGCUGGCAGAUCCUUGGGAAGCCACCAGCUUAUUUUCAUCUUUCCCAUAUAGAUGAGCAGUACUGCCAACUUAACACAGCGUCAUAGUGCAUCAGCGCUUUAUUUUUACACCGCAGAUUUCUUCUGGGGGAACGUUUGACAGUUUAUUUUCUGUUUUUUGGUAACAUUAAUAUGAGUAAACUUUGUGAUAAAUUCAGGUCAGUGUUAAAAAUGUUUUAAAAUGAAUUUCUAUGUCUCAACAAGGGAAAACAUGUAGAUACUAGGGGCAAAUGUUGGAAAAUGCCCACCUAAGAACAGUGUCCAUUUAUUGUAAAGCUAAACCAUACCUGUGCAUGAGCUGAUGAUGAUGAUGAUGAUCAUGAUGCAUAAACCUAGGAGGAACCCACUUAGAGGGACAGAGGUUAAUACUGAUUUUAUAGCACAAAAAAACAAAAAUUAAAAAGUAUCUGGGGUAAAAAGCCCCCCAGGGGUGUCAUGCAUCAAUCUGUCAUCUACUGAAUGUAUAAGUCCAGUCAUUUCUAGUGUUUGCAUUUUUCAAAAAUUGUGUUGUCUUAAUGAUUCCACUUAAUUUGAAUAAACUAUGACAAAAGUCAAAUGACGGUAAAGUAGAAACAUUUUAAAUGUCAACUUUGUUCGGUAGUUAAAUUGUGAUUACAAGAAUUACAUGAUAUGUUAACUCAGUGAUAUUACUAUUACCACCACUGCUAUUGUUAUUGCUCUUUUUCAAGCACUCUAUUGUUAUCUCUAUUGUUAUCUCUAUUGUUAUCUCUAUUGUUAUUUCUAUUGUUAUCUCUAUUGUUAUCUCUAUUGUUAUCUCUAUUGUUAUCUCUAUUGUUAUCUCUCAUACUUCUUCUUCUUCCACACUUUUCUGUGAUUAAUACAGCCCGAGCCGCUUAAUGGUCAGACUCCAUUCAAACUGCGUUCUGAAGUUCUCGGCGCUGGGAAUUGUGCUUUGUAUGUUUGGAGUUGAUUGGAUUGGUAGUUUUUAAUAAAAUUAAGUUUAAAAAUUAAAAA